GCUUGGGAAUCAACAGUGAAGCACACACCAUAGCGUCAACAUAUGUGCUUCUUCGAAAUUUGGCUGCUAAGCAAGGGGUAUUUAUGUCAUUUCACGGGUCUCCACUACAUCUCCAGCCUCAUAUGCAGUACACGUGUGAUGCUACAUUUCUCCUAGCGAUUUCACCGUCAUCUCCAACUAUUUUUCUCUCCUCUUGCUCUUUGCUGUGCACUUCACCUCCAUCCCCAUCCCCAGCAAACCCCUCUUGCUAUAGGAGAGCCUCCUCCAAUCAAUGUCGAAGCUUCUGCAUAGCAAACACAUACACUGCAGUUAAUACUCCACCCAGCUCAUCUGCCAAAGGAAAACUAGACCUCGAACCUUUUUGUGUAUUUGAAAAGGGCUCAACAUCCACCGCAUCUGGCGACCAACAAAAUGUGACUCCUAAAAUUGUUUCGAAUAAAGAAGAGAAAAAUUAUCAAAUGAAACUCAGAAGGCGUGAUACCUAUAUGAAGAUAACAGCUGAGAGAAAACAGGCAAUGAUAUUACAAAGACGCACCAAAGAACUGGAACUACAAAAAAACAAAUCAGUUACUGGCUGCCCAGGUGAAAAAAUAAAAUCUCCACGCAAUCCUACAUCGUUAAAACAAGUUGCUCUUACUAUAAGAGAGCCUCCUUUUGGCAAUGUCCAAGAUAGCAUGUAUUGUGAAAUUAAUACUUUAUCGAGUUCUUCUGCCAAAGGAAAACAAGUGCUUCAGCCGUUUCCUAUGUUUGAAAGCGGCUCAACAUCAAAUACAUAUAAGAGACAACAAAAUGUCACCCCUGAAAUUCCUGCAAAGAAAGGUAAACCAGAUAAAGGCUAAGAGUAUGCCAAAGCUAUCCUUGGAGAAUCCUUUGAGUAUCGUUAACCUCAAAGAGGCAGGACAGGUUGCAACCCAACCAAAAUAGAUCCUAAUUCCGACAGCAACAUCCCGUUGCUUAUAAGCUUAGACAUAUACGUCCCAAGAGACGAGCGAUUUGGUCAUGUAAAGAUGACAGACUUCUUGACAUUGUCCUUAAUAUCCAUUAUGCAAACACUUCUGCCAGGGUUUAAGGCGUUGUUUGAUAACACACCUAAUGAGUUUCAUACCAGUAAGGAAGUACUUAAACUUUAUGAAGAAGAAAUCAAAUUGCCUCAAAAACCUCCGUUAAAAGCCAUUACUGAUAGCAUUCCUUUGAAGAUACUUAAAGACAUCAUUUAAACUGAUGGUCAAGGCCUAUUUAAGAUCCCAACUCAUCAAAUUAUUCAAGAGGAUAAAUCUGCAUAGAGGACGGAUGAAGAAUUUGGGAGAAAAAUGUUGGUGGGAGUUAAUCGUAUCAUAAUCAGUGCACUCCAGAUUGUAGUGAGCAUAGAGACCCAUUCGCCCAGUGGCUAUUGCUAGGCUUGAUGCGCUGAUCACCUGAAGGUAUGGGAGCCGGACCACUGGUCACCUCCUUUGUGAAAAUCCUAACUCCACGACUGUUUUGAUCUAACGAUCAAGUCUCAUUUUGCAAACACAUGGCUUUUGCACCAAACAAUAUUGGCCUGGAGGUUGCAAUGCUGAGAAUGGCCUAUCUAAUGACGUUGAUAUGAAAAAGUUUGGAAUUGACGAGGAAAGCUCCAACUCCGAUGAAUUUAUUUGGUGUCUCGAUAGACGCACACACUCCAUCAGAGAGGUAUUCUAUCAAGAUAUCUAAAUGCACCACCAUGCUACUCGACGGUCCAACUGAAAUGGAUGCAGCUGAUGAGACGUCUAAUUUCUCAACAGGCUAAGAUUCGAAUAUGUGGUGCAGAGAUACAACCUGUAGCAUUUUCCUCGGGCCAUAUUGCCGCAACCUCUGAUGCGCAGGGUAAGUUAUAUGUUCGUUGAUCUAAGGAUGAGUCACAUUUAAGGGUAAUGUAAAAAUUUGUUAAUUGAGGAACAUUCAAGAGAGAUUUUAGAAAUAUAGCGUAUGGGUUCACUUUCAAGAUAUCCAUCAAUUUUUGCACAAUUGAUUCAUCGACUUUUGUCGAACAAGCCAUCCUAUUGGCUAGCUCAUUCUCAUGAUCGUAAAAGUACAGUUGUAAAUUUUUAGGUUUUUGGUUAAAAGCAAUUAAAUCGUCUAUAAAGUGAUAAAUUUGUCCUUGAA